UUGUCAUUAGCUUAAAAGUUUCAUAGUCUCUCAACUUGGUUCUCUCUUCAUUUAGUACCUACCUAACAAUAUGUGUCGUGCAAUUGUAUGCGUCUUAUUUUUCUUCAAAUUCAUCGGUCUGGCGACAUUCUCCGUGAUCACUAUCAAUCGAAAGAAAAAGCAUCAAAAGAGAACUUUAUACUUCGUUUCGACCAAAUUAGGAACAUGUUACAAUGUAUCAAUCGCCUGUUUGAUCAUCGCAUCGAAUUACUUCACAAUACCGGUCAUAUAUUACGAAGAAUAUCUGAACAAAACGAUUGUAACUACAGCUAUUGAAAUUGCUGAAGGAAUAUUAGGCAGUGUAAUUACAUUCAUAAUUGUAUUAUGGUAUUGCGUGAAUCAAUCGAUCUUCGUAAAGUUUGGAAACAGUAUGGUCGAAAUCCUGGAGGAAUUGUAUCGGCUGCGAGAACCGGUGAAUCGGAAACGAAUCGUUUUUAUUUUAUUAUCUAUCUAUUUAUUCGAAUUAUUAAUAUUUCUUGCUCUUGUAAUUAGCGAUUAUGUAGCAUUUUAUAGCCAACCAAUCUCGUGGAUAGGGACUAUUGUUCCAAUGGGUCUUGUGAGCUGGGUCUUCAUUCAAUAUUACUCCGUCCUAAUCGUGUUGCACUCAAUGUACGCGAACUUAAACAAAAUUAUCCAAAAUAUUUAUGUGUAUAGAACCGGAGACGCGAAUUGUUUGCAUCGGUGCCGUCGUGUGUUUAUUAACAGUACCGGGAUUCAGUCUCUUCUGAACCUCCGAUGCAUUCACGCUCUCCUCUGCGAUAUUUCCGCACAAGUUUCGCAGUUUUACUCAUUGCCCAUUCUUCUGGGGACAUUCCUCUUGUUCAUCUCUUUGUUAUACAAUGUGUAUUACUUUUUCGAACCGUUCAUGGUCGAUAAUGUAAUCAUGAAAACGUCGAUUGUACUAAAUACCGUGGUUUGGGUAAUCUUUCUUCUGUAUCCGCUCGGAUUGUUGACCACCAGAGUGACGAAACUGGAGAACGAGAUCGAACGAACCGGGGGUAUCGUGCACGCGUUGCUGAAUUAUGCGAUCGACAGAGAAGCGAGAACCGAGCUCAAACUGUUUUCGCUUCAGUUGCUGCAUCGGCAGAUCAAGUUCACGGCCAUUGGAUACUUUGUUCUAGACAACACGCUUUUUCAAUCGGUGCUCAGUACAAUGACGACGUAUUUGGUGAUUCUAAUUCAGUUUCAAAUGGGUGGACCGGAACCGAUCGACUGUAAUUGCAAUCACACGUGCAAUUGUAAUGAACAUUAACAUUUUAGCGAAGGAAAAAUUUAACCGUGUGUUAAAAGAACAAAGAAUGGAAAUUCGUCUAUGUUAGAAAGUGGUAAAGUGUACAUACAGGGUGUUCGACAAAAGGUGGGAGAUCUUUUUAGGGGUGAUUCUAGGGAUCAAAAUAAGACGAAAUAGCGUUUGCGUCUUUGUUUUCUCGUAAUUAUCGUUUUACAAUUCGAGCAAAAAGCGCCUAAA